AUGGCGACCGUUGCCUGGAUGCCCAGCCAGCCCGAGGCAAAUACUGCUUUCCGUCCAGGAAGUGUCUCUCCUCGACAGCAGUCUCAGGCUUGCUCAAAGUGCGGGAGCAUUUUGACAUCUGAUGCCAUCUACUGCCGACAUUGUGGUCACAAGCGCGAUGUGUCCCCUUCUGCUGUACAGGGCCGGGCCUGGGCCGUCGAAGCUGGUCGAACGCAGGCCGGCGCGGCGCAGCUUCCUCGGGUGGUUUCCCCGGUGGCUUUGCCAGGUGGCCAACUUGUUGAACCGGUGACAGGUGUCCCGGUGACGCAGCAAGGUCAGACUUCUACUGCUUCGACCAGUCCCUCACCGUUCGUUGCCGCGAGCUUCGAAGCACUGGAUGCCAACCAGGAUGGCGUCAUCACGCGCGCAGAAUUCCAGCAAGCUGCGAACAGCGGCCUCGUUUACCCUGUCAGCAGCGCGCCCGUGAGGUCUGUUUCGCCUGCGCCGAUUCGAGGCGUGCCCCCGUUUGCUUAUGCGGCGCCGCUGCAUCGUGGAGUGUCUCCGGAGCCCAGGAACCCAUCUGGCCAGGUUCUGGUUGCCGGCACCUCUCCGAAUCUGGUGCAGGCCGUGCCAGUGGCUCCGAUAAACACUGUGCCAGCCCGUUUGGCCCAACCGGCGAUGUCCGUCCCGAACAUUCAGGUGCUGCCGCCGUCUGAGCCGGAGCCACCUCAGAAUUUUUCCGAGGACCUCAUCAAACGCAUUGAUGGAGUUGUCACUGAGAUGGAGCGGGAACUGUCAGACGACUUAGCAGCGUGUGUGAAGUCUCCCCUGAAUGAGCUGAAAACUGGUGUCAAGGUAGAGUUCGGUGGCGCCACGCAGGACGAGGACGUGACGGGUGACAAUGAAAGCACAUUGGACUGGAUUGACAAGCAGAUCCGGGCCAUUGAGCAGCGACGUGAGGCGUGUGAGCUGAGGCAGAAUCACCUGUCCGACCUCCGGCGCCUGGUUGCUGAUGGCGAACGGGGACAGGUGUCAGGCCGCCGCCUCAUUCGUGACGAAGGGCUGUACGCCGGACCUCCAGAGGAUGUGGAUGCGGCAGGGAACAGUCCGUCCCAGCGGCUCUCAAACUUGGAGGCCGAACACGAGGAGCUGAAGAAGCAGGUGGAAUCUGAACGGCUGGAGCUUCUCAAGGUGCGAUCCAACCUUGAGAUGGAAUGCGAGCGACGCUUGGAAGAGGUACGGGUACUUGCAGAUUCGGUCCAGGAGGGUCGGCAGCGCGCCAUCGCCGCUGAAGAGGCGGCCAAUCAGCGCGCCAAAGAAGCUGGCUUCCAGGUCCAAGUGCUGCAGGAUCGACUGCGCGAGGCAGAGGCUACCCUGGAGCGGGAGCGGCAGCAGUUCCGUGUGGCGCAAGAAGCGCAAGCAGUGGCAGGGGCUGACCUCCGCCAACUCGAGGAGAACUCGCGCGCUGUGCUUGCAGACUGCCGUGCAUUGCAGCAAAAGGUUCGAGAGUUGGAGCUGGAGCGAGCAGCUUUCCUCGAGGUUCAGGCGAAGUCUGAGGAGGACCGCAAGGCCAUGAUUGUUCGCAUCAGCCAGUUCGAGGAGGAGAAGUCCCGGGACAUGGAGUCGGUGCUACAGCAUCACCGUGAGCAGUGGCGCGAGGCUGCCAACAGAGAAUCAGAGCAGAUGCGGGCCUCCAUCGAAGCAACGCACAGCCGGACCUUGAAGGACCUUGAGAGGCAGACCCAGGCAAGGGCAGGCGAGUCGAACGCGAGCCUUCUCAAGGAGCUGGAGGACUGGAAGGCAGAGUGCAUGAGGCUGCGGGGUGACUGUGAUGGCGAGCGGAGGGCGAGGGUGGAGCUGGAGCAGCGACAUGCCGCCGCCGUCGAGGACGCAGCGAAGCUGCGAGAGGACCAGCAACGAUUGCAGGCCGCUCAUGCAGCAGAAGAGCGUGCGAAGGAAGAAGUCGCGUCGCGGCACCAGGCAGUGCUGGUGGACAUGGAAAGGAUGAAAGGAGACAAGCUGGAGCUGGAGAAGGACCAAGCUGCGGAAAAACAAGCCAGAUUGCUUGCGGAGCAGAAGCAUGCGGCAGCAAUGGAGGACGCGCAGCGCUUGAAGGCCGACCAGGAGAAGCUCCACGCCGACAAAGCAGCUGAACAAGCAGCGCGGCAGGAGGCGGAGCGAAAACACCAAUCCGUCUUGAAGGACAUGGAGACGGUUCGUGCGGACCACCAGCGGGUUACGCGAGAGAAGGAAGAAGAAGCUCGUCUCCGCUCGGAGGCUGAGACGAAGCAUGCCUCUGUCGUCAAAGACAUGCAGAGGCUGCAGGAAGACCACGCCAGGAUCAAAGCAGACAAAGAUGCCGAAGAGCGCGCCAAGCUGGAGGUGCAGCGUCUCCAUGAGGAGGUGCUGAGGGAGAAGACAUCCGGGCAUGGCCACUUACAGGAGCUCCUGGAUGCGGAGAAGCGGGCCAAGGAGGAGAUGCGGCAGCGCCAUGCGGCGGUGGAAAGUGACAAACAGAAGAUGGCCCAGGAUCAGGCGCAGCUGCAAGAAGACAAGGUCCGUGAGUCUCAAUUGCGCGCGGAGGCUGAAAGAAAGCAUGAAGAGCUGCUGCGCGAUAUGCAGCAACUACGUGAGGACCAGAAGCGUCUGACGUCCGAUAAAGAAGCAGAAAGCCAAGCUAAAGCAGAGGCUGAGCGAAGACAUGCUUCAGUUCUUCAAGAUAUGGAGAAGCUGACUGCGGAUAAGCAGAAGCUAGAGGCAGAUACAGCUGCUGAGAGAAAGGCACGAGAAGAGGCUGAGAAGAAGCAUCUUGAAGUUCUGCAAGACCGGGAGCAGAUCUCGUCGGAUAUGCGUGCGCUUCAACGAGACAAGGACUCGGAGUCCCUUGCCAAAGAAGAGUUUGCACGCAAGCACGAGGCUGCGCUGAAGCAGUUGGACCUCGUGAAUGCCGACCAGGCCAAGCUGCGCAUGGACAAGGAGGCAGAAGCCCGUGCCAGGGCAGAUCUGGAAGCGAAACAUCAGGCCGCUCUGCGAGAGAAAGAUGAGCUGCAGGCGCAGCACUUGAAAGUGCAACAAGACAGGGACAGGCUGGCGGCACUCCAGGGAAACUCCUCUCGGGAGCAUGAAGAGGCCUAUGUCAAGAUGAAAGCUGCCCACGAAGCCGAGUUGAAGCAACACAAGGACUCUGGUCUGCAGCUGAAGGCAGAAUGGGAAGGACGACACCAGGACCUGCUGCAGGAGCUGGAGAAGCUCCGAGCCGAGCACCGCAAGCUGCAGCAGGAGAAGGACGACGAGCGGCGAGGACGCGAGCGCGUCCACAGCGACCACCAAACAGCUCUUCGAGAUGCAGAGUCAAUCAAAAUCCAGCUGGAUGGCCUCCAGGCUCGCAGUGCCGGCGAUCGGGCCUCGCUGGAAGAGGCGAACAGCAGGCUGCGCACUCUUCAAGCGGAGCGUGAUACCCUGGCCGCAGAUGUGAGCACGCUGAAGAAGUUGAAGGAAGAAAAGAGCAAAGCUGAAGACGACCUUCGAGCAGCUUUGAACGAGCAGAGAGCGGAGGUCAAGCUUCUGCAGAAGCAGCUGGAAGAGCGUGAUCAUCAGGCACGACAAUUCGAGGACAAACGCCGUGUGCAGGAGGAGAAGCUGUCGUCGUUGCUUUCUCAACUUGCGGAUGAGAAGAAGGAUGCAGAGGAGUCGCGGCGUGAACUCCAGCAGGUGCGGCGUAGCGGAGAGCAGUUCCAGAAGGAUGCGGAGGAAGGGCUUCAGACCAUAAACCGCGAUUGGCAGCAGAAGUACGAUGACCUCAUCAAAGAGAAUCAGGCCUUGAAGCACGCGGCAGCGUCCAGAGCGCGCACCAACAGCGAUGCAGAAUUGAGGCGGCGCUCGUUGGCGCACCGCAUGUCCCUUUGGGCCGAGCCGAUGAAUUUCUUGGCCGGCUUGGAGGAGGAGAGUCCGUUGCUGCCUGGAUCUAACGCUGACAUCGUUCAACAGGUGCGCAAGACCCACAAAGAGCUGGAUGAGAACAUUCAAAACGCCACGGAGGUUCACAUCAAGUCCAUCAUGGCUCAGCUCGAGGGUGUCACUGCUGCCGAGAGCAAGGGCUUGUCUCUUCGGCGUGGGCUCACCGACUACGAGCGCAAGUCGGAGAUAGAAUCCGAGCGCCACACUGAGCAACUCAGACUAGAUGCGCGGCUCCAUGACUUGAGAGCUCUGCAGGAAGAGGUGGCUUUGGAGCACAGCUUGUCCGAGUCCGAUCAGCAGAAGAUAAGAGACUACUUGCAGCGCGACAUGAAGCGGUGCGAGGAGGAGCUAGAGAUCCUGAAGCCCUCGUCUGCGCUGGCCUCUGUCCCCGACCAGCUCAUCCAGGUCCUCCAGACCAUGCCUGAGGAGGGAUUGCCCGAGCGGUUUGAGCAUGGCUUCUCACCCCUGCACUGGGCGGCGCAGCAAGGUCGACGGGACAUCGUGGAGUUCAUCCGCCGCCUUGUGGAGGGAGGCCACGGCCUCCUGGCCUCCCGAGAUGAUCAAGGCCGCACGCCGCUGUUCUACGCUGAGCGGGAGGGCCGCACUGGCCUUGCCUACCACCUGCGCCGGGUGGGAGGCUCCGCUGAGGACCCCUUCAGGCCAGCUGUCGAGCGUCCUCAUGUAGAUUCACUGCCUGCAGCGUACCAGCAGGUCCUCCGACAAGUCGAGACAAGGGGGUGGCAUUCCAUGAAGUGGAAGGAGGACUACACCAUGUUGCACUGGGCUGCAAACAAAGGUCACAAGGACCUCGCCCUGUACCUGAUCAGCCUUAAUGCCAAUCCCAACGCCCUUGACAGCAAGCGCCGCUCGCCGGCCGCCUGCGCCUCGGAAGCCGGCCACACGGACCUCGUCGCCCUGCUACAGGCCAAGGCCACAGUCCCGCGGAAGUCCAUCGGCUAUGGGGCCUUUGGCGGUGGUUUCGAGACCGAGUGA